GGUGAAUAGGCCAUUCCUUUUUCGUCAGGAAAGCAGUCCGCGUGGUUUCUAUCCGCUGACAACUUCUAGAAUGCCAAACUCAUCACAGAGUCAGAGUCAGAGCAAUCUGUCUAGCACAACGUUUCAGAAUAUCCAGGACAUUUUAAACAGUGGCGCUAUGAAUGCUACAUCGGCUAAUACAUUCAACUUAAGUGUAUCUAACGGAGGUCAAUUAAUGAAUAACAGAGGUCUUCCAAGUAUGAAACACAAACGGGAUGUUGAUGAAGCAGGUCUAGAUGAAGAUUCAGACUCCGAUUCUGAAGGAGCAUCAUCCAUGCAAAUGAGUCCGCAGCCACAGCUGACCAGUUUGAAUGGACUUAAACCGGGAAAGAAGACGAAAGGAAGAGUGAAAAUCAAGAUGGAGUUCAUUGAGAAUAAACUUAGAAGAUACACUACAUUUAGCAAGAGGAAGACAGGCAUUAUGAAAAAGGCAUAUGAACUGUCAACUUUAACUGGAACACAAGUGAUGUUGCUUGUUGCUAGUGAAACUGGCCAUGUUUACACAUUUGCCACACGCAAGCUGCAGCCCAUGAUAACAAGUGAGAGUGGAAAGGCACUGAUUCAGACAUGCCUCAAUUCUCCAGAUCCACCCCCAGGAGCAACUCAGAAUUCUCUGGAUCAAAGAAUGAACCCCACUGGCUUUGAAGAAACAGAGCUUACUUACUCUGUAUCUGAAGAGGAAAGCAAGACUCCAGAACCAGGCCAGAAAUAUGUAAUGGCAGGUGAAAGCAUUGCACAAUCCCAAGGUGGGCAGCAGCAAAUGUCAUCAACACCUCAGACCAUCUCCAUGACAACAUAUUUACCACCUGCCUCAUCAUCUGCUGGCAGCACAAGUAAUACGUCAAAACAGAGCAACUUUUCUAUGCAGUUACCUACUGGGAAUAUUGCAACAAUAUUACCAGGUAAUGGUGUCCCUCCUGGUACCCCUUUUGCUAUUGGUCCUAUACAACAACAACAAACAAUAGGCCAGCAGCAGCAAACUGUCUACAGAUUCCCUACACCUGCAGGAGUGAUGUCCUUUGCAGGCCUUCCGACAACAACAACAUCCCAGUCAGAUGUUAAUCAGAAUGUUUCAAACACUACACUGUCAGUCAUGUCUGGGAACACCACGUCUUCCUCCAAUGUAACACCAGGCACAGUAAUGUACCAGACUCCUCAAGGUGUGGUGUAUGCCACACCCACUACCAUCCAGCUUAGUGCCCUAGCAGAGGGUGGUUAUGUACUUAACCAGCCACAAACCCCUACAGCCAUUACACUUGCACAAGACCAGCACAAUGGGACACAAAAUGCAGCUCAACAGUAUAUCACCAUUCCAGUCCCUGUAUCACUUACCAAUUCACAGUUGCUGCAGCCGGUUUUUACUCAGUCUGUAUCAGGAGACUCGCCAUCCACUAUGACAUCACACUUAGCAACGACUGAGAAAAGAAAGUAAUGUGUACACAUUUACCAGUAUUACCAUUGGGGAGGUUUAUGCCAAUAUUGAAAUUCAAUGGACAGUUGGAUUAUAAUUGGUUGAAAUAUAUGAAGAAAGUCCAGGGUCCCUUGUAUUUCCUUGGAAGGCAAAAUUGUUGGAGAUAACCAGUAUAAGUGAAGUUGUGAACACCUACUCUUUUAUAGCAUCAGUGCCCAGUUACAUUUUACUAUAUGGAGUGGGUAUGUCAGUUAACCUCUACAUAUCCAGUUAAUAUGCGUGUGUGCGUGCAUUCAAUUCAGUAAGACUUGGUGUGAAAAUAUCAUGACAAUCCUGAAUCCAAGCAUUUUAAUAGAAUGAUUGUUCCAGUAAUUAUGCAGUUCAUCUUGUUAUGCUAUGCAACAGGGUUUGAGGAUCUACAUGCCACACAUCAAUCUGUAGGUCAUUGACUUAUCCAGGUCGUGGAGUUCAGUAAGGUUGUUGACUGAUUUCAAAAUAGGUUGGACAAUUUGAAUAGUGUUAAUUAUAUAAUGCAUGUAAAUAAAACUUAUUAACUUUUGUAUAUGCAAGAUACUGUAAAUAUUCUCAGUGAAGUAUAGAGGAAAUAUUUGAUGAUGCAAUUUCAAGAACCUUAGUAAUAUUUUAUCAGAAUUGAAAAAGCUUUCUUGGUUUCAUCUGAAGUUUUAUCAUAAUAUGUUAUCAGUUUUGCAGACUCUGUUGACAACAUUUCUACUUUUUCUGAUUACUUACUUACUAAUCCUUUAAAGAGUUGGUUAUUAACUGAGAAAUUAGUUCAUUAUUAGAACUGAUUUGUAAUUUAUGUAAAUUUUGUUAUCUGAACUACGCUGCAGAUUUAUUGAACCAAAUUUUAUAUGAUACAAAAUGUGUGCAAAAUGUCCACAAAAUCAGUCUAUUAUUUAUAAUGAAUGCUUACCAUAUAGUCUAUUUGUUUAUAAGUAGUUGAAAUAAUUGCACAUCUGUUAAUUUAUAUAGCUUAUUUGUAGUUUUCUAUACUGUGACUGGAUUCAGAAAAGAAAGGAUUAUUGUAAUAGGACCCAGUUCUCAUAUAUUUCAACUCUGGUGCCAUAUAUUAUUUCUGUCUGUUGUAAUGUGAGCAUGUUGUAUUAGAUUACUUUCCACAAAUUAAAAAUAUCUGAAGAUGUAUGAUCAUGAAUACAAAUAUUUUGGUUGUUCAAACCACAAAGUAAGCCGUUAGGUUAAAGGUCUCUUUUGAUCUCAAUUGACAAACAGCAUUUGAGUUUGGUAGACGGCUGCUGCUUUAGUCACAAAAAAGCAAUUUACAGUGAUAUCAACUUUUUGUAAAGUUUCUUUUGAAAUUGUGUUGCACAAUUAUAUUAUCUUAUAAUUCUACUUAUAUUAAGUGCUGUACAUAAAAUGUCUUAAAACAUG